AUGUCGGCUGUAGAAUCACGUUCCCUGCGAUCGUCUUCCUCAUCGGGCGCCAUCGAUGCCGCUACGUCGUCGAGGAGCGUGAAGCGGGCGGCCAAGGGCGAAAAGAAAGCCAAGAAGACGAAGAAGGUGCUGGACCAAGUAGAAGGAGCAGUCGAGAACGGGACUUCAUCAUCACCACCUUCCUCGAUCACUGCUUCCAAGGAGAAGAAGGAGAAGAAGGAAAAGAAAUCGACCAAGAAGGCCAAGAAGGACGACGCCAGCACCCCUACCAAGAAGAAGAAGAAAUCAUCUACCAAGAGCGGUGCUACUUCCGCCAUCGGUGACGCCACAUCAUCUCUGAGCUCGUCCCGCUCAGCUCCCGCUACUUCGUCAUCUCCAGCCACAACCAGGCGCAAGAUCAGCAACGCCGACGACGCAGCUGCAGAGAAGGAGAGGCGGGAGCGCGAGGCGGUCCUGGUGCUGCCCGACGGCGAGUGGUCGUGUAGCGCGUGCACCCUCUUCAACCCGGCCCACGCGACCGCCUGCGAGGCGUGCGAGACCAAGAAGCCACCGGCGGCCUCCGCGGCCGCCGCCUUCGUCUCGGCUUCAUCUUCCUCUUCAGUGGCUGCCACGCCCAAGGCCGCGGCCAGCCCCUCCAAAGCUGCGGAUGUGAGCAAGGACGUAAAGGUGGUGGAAAGCAGCGGCGGCGGCAAGGACAAGGCAGUGGCGGAGACGAAGAAGAAGAAAAAGAAGGGCGAGGGCGAGAGCGGCAAGAAGAAGCAGAAGAACUCGAAGAAGACGAAGGACUCAAAGGAGAAGGAGAAGGAGAAGAAGUCGGCCAAGGGCAAGGGCAAGCUGAAGUCGUCCUCGUCGCGCUCGGCCGAUGCCAGCGACUUCGACGAUGACGACUACGAGGAGGACGAUGACUACUUCGACGACGGCGAAGGUGGCGACGAUUCCGAAGUGGACUACAUCUCGGGCGGGGACUAUUCGGACGACGAGGUCAACGCCGGUCUCGGUUGGGAGGAGGCCGAGCCCGAGUACUCGCAGGCCAAGGAGAUGUUCAAAAUCAUCACCCGAAGCGAGUUGAGCAAGCUCCAGACCAAGUUUAUCGGCUCGGUGGCGGCGGAGUUGGGCGUCAACAAGUGGGACGUGGCCCUCCUGCUCCAGUACUACAAGUGGGACGUGACGAAGCUGCACGCGCACUACUGGGACCAGCAGAAGAAGGUGCUGAAGGAGGUCGGCAUCAAGCUCAAGAAGAAGAAAAAGAAGAAGCAGGACAAGAACGCCGACGUCGAGUGCUUGGUCUGCGCCGACGACGUGAAGGCGUCGAAGGUGUUCUCGCUGGCCUGCGGCCACGGACCCUACUGCGACGGCUGCUGGCAGUACCACCUCUCGGUGGUCGUCAAGAACUCGUCCGCCGAAGGCAUCCUCAACUCCACCUGCAUGUGGCCUCGCUGCCCCAUCAAGCUGAACAGGAAGGCCUUCAAGAAGCUCGCGCUGCCGGAGGACUUCCAGCGGUACGAGUACUUCCUGAUGAAGAGCUACGUCGACAACACCAAGAACCUUUCGUGGUGCCCCAACCCGUCGUGCGCCAACCUGGUCCUCUGCACCGAGGACGUCGGCCGACCCGCCGAACUCAACCACAACCCGGUGACGUGCGACCAGCUGUCCAAGUGGCAGCAGCGCAACAGCGACGACCAGGAGAGCAUCCGGCUGGUGAUGGCCACCUCCAAGCCCUGCUACCACUGCGGGAUCCCCACCACGCGCGUGGACGGAUGCAACCACAUGACCUGCCGCAAGGAGAAGGGCGGCUGCGGCGGCGAAUGGUGUUGGAUGUGCCGAGGUGACUGGAAGUCGCACGGCGAGCACACGGGCGGCUACUACUCAUGUAACAAAUACGACCACUCCUCGGCCAAGGACCUGGACGACGAGGCACGGCUCCGCUUCUUGUCUUUAGCGUCGAAGAUGAAGUCGGAGGCGGAUCGGUAUCUGCACUACUUCAACCGCUACUUCCUCCACGAGACGGCGGGCAAGAGCGUGCCGCAGCUGCGGCUCAAGGCGCUCGAGAAGCAGCAGCAGUACCGCGAGCUCACGUCGGGCAACCCCGACUUCCUCAUCGAAGCUGUUGACCUUCUCGCCAAGUGUCGUCAUAUUUUGAAGUACACGUACGUGUACGGAUUCUAUCUGCCCGACGGCUCGCGCGGCAAGGACUUCUUCGAAUACCUCCAGGCCAAUGCCGAGGGUAUCACGGAGAGGCUGUCGGACCAGGUCAACGCGCCCAUCUCCAAAUUGGAUGCCACUUCCUUCAAGAACAUCAUCAGGGUCACGGGCAAGUACAUCGACAACAUGGUGAAGGGUAUCGAGGACGGGCUCGGCGUGGAGGGUCUGGGCAAGGAGGACAAGCAAUGCGCACCCCAGACAAUAACGCUCGCUCCGUCCCGCAAGAAGUAA